AUGCAGGCAUUGCCUCUCGUCGUACUGCUCAGCCUCUACGGAACAGCCAGAGCUCAAGUUCGUGUACGUAUAUGGCAACCAAACAUCGACUCCAGCAAGAUCAAAGAGCCAAUCCGAUUUUGGGAAUUGGUUGAAAUGCGACCGACUUCGUCCACAUUACCGACACCGCCAUCACCGCCAUCGCUACCGCCACCGCCACCGACAUCGCCGUCGUCAGCGAAUAUUACAACAAGGACAGGAAAUCAUGAGACAGCUAUCACUACAAGCAUUACCAGCACUACCAGCACUACCAGCAAAACCUCUACUACACCCACCACACCCAGUAAGUACAUUUUGGGUGUCGUAAUGGCAAAAGUACUCUUAGAGAAGUGA